GGUCGAUCGGCCCUCCCCACGGCUCAUUUCUCUUUCUAUUUCUCUCUUCCAAACCUUCCUUUCUCUUUCAAUUUCUCUCUUCGACUCAAACCCCAAAAUCAUGUCUACGACCUCCAUGACUGGCAUCAACAUUGCUCAGCACAUCGUGCAGAAUUUGAACACACCAGUGAAGGCCGAUGAAGACAACGAGGACAAUUUGAUCGAUCCAAAGGCUGUGGUUGAGCUCAGAGAAAUCGAGACUAGAAUGGUUCGCCAAGUGUAUAGAGAAAGUAGUGUGUCACUAGUAGCAGGGUCAUUUUUUCCAUCAGCCAAGUCGGAAGCUGGCAGUGGCAGUUGGGAUUGGGAUGAAACAAAUCCAGACUCCCCUCUUAACAUUUCAUCACUCUUCCCAUCCAACAAGUCUGAGACUGAGAGCAGUCCAGAAUUCUCUCGUUCUAAUUCUGAUUCCAUAAUGUCAAUCUUCUUACCAGCCACAUCUCCAAUAGACAGUCCUGAAAACUAUGAAAUAAUAGUUCGAAGUCGUUCCAUACCCUCAUAUUCCAUAAUGUCAAUCUUCCCACCCGCCAUGUCUGAAACAGACAGCCCCGAUAAUUAUGAAAUAAUAUUUCGAAAUCCUUCCAUACCCUCAUAUUAUCACUUCUUCCCACCAGACAUGUCGGACACUGACAGUUAUGGAUCAUCACCUCCUAUGCAGUUUUCCAUACCAUCGUUACAUUUCCCACCCAACAAGUCAGAGACUAUUAAUAGUAGUUUAGUAAUUAAUGGAAUUUCUUUGGAGGAGCGGAUCUUAGGAGGGAUCGAGAAGAUGGAUAAAUGUAUUCAAGCUAUCGAUAUUCUCCAAAGCAAUCGCGUCGUUGAUCUGAUGUUCAUACGCACUGAUGAUGAAGAAGAGAUUGGCUUCAACAGAACCUUGUUGAAUUUCAGUCGAGCCGUUGCGCUUAGACGAGGAAGAUCGCCUGAGAAUCUCUUUAUGAUACUAGACGCGUAUGAUGAGAUGGCCGAGGCGAUGAAGCUAUUGGCCCACGAUCCUAAGUCCAAUCAGGCAAGAGCGAUGCUCACCGAGAGAGAGACACUUAUCGAUCUUGAGAACAAGAAGCAGAAUGCGAUGCAGAGUGGUGACAUUCACCCACUGACGCAGACCAUGAUGAAUUGUGUGAAAUUGAUUGUGGAUUAUAGUGAUACUCAGAACUUGUUGGAAAUUGGUGAAGAUGAUGCUCAAUUAGAUGCUUUACGAAAUCAUGAUAGCAAUAGCUUGAAAAUGAAUCCGCUAGCUAGCCAAUUGUUGGUGUUAAUAAACUUUUUGGAGUCCAAUCUCGAGAAGGAAUCGAAGCUCUAUGGGGAUGGUGUAUUGCAGUAUAUUUUUCUGAUGAAUAAUAUUCUGUAUAUGAAUCAGAAGAUGAAAGAUUGGGAUCUUGGUGGGCUAUUAGGUGAUAAUUGGGAUCGUAAGCAACAUAAGCAGACAAGGCAAUACGCUAUGAGUUAUCUUAGGGCUUCAUGGACCAAGGUGUUGGAUUGUUUGAAUGAUAGAGGGAUACCUAGGAGCUCGAGUAGUAAAGCCUCGACGGUGGCUUUGCAGAAGAGAUUGAAGAAAUUCAAUACAUGUUUUGAGAAAAUCUAUAGGGUUCAAACUGCUUGGAAGGUCCCCGAUGCUCAACUCCGGGAAGAGCUUAGAACAUCUAUAUCAGAAAUGGUGAUCCCAACUUACCGCUCAUUUAUGGGAAGGUUUGGGAAUCAAGAAAAGAGUGGAAGGCACGCUGAGAAAUACAUAGAGUACACAGCAGAUGAUUUAGAGAGUUAUUUGUUCAAUUUGUUUGAGGGAGUACCGCGAGUACUGCACCGCAGGAGGAGGAAAGUACAUAGGAUAAAGCAGGACUCUCAUGAAGGGCUAGAACUACGCACCCUUGUAUCUAUUAAGCCCCCUGUUAUGGGUAGAGUGAAAAGAGUACUGAUUCAGUUUAAUAAAGCUUAAUUAUAUGAUGUUGAUUUUUGUUGUUAAUGUUAUAAACUUGGGUUUGUAUGAAUGUUAAUUAUCUUUCAUGCUGUAUACUGUAAUAAUUUAUGUACAUGUAUGUGCUAUAGAUAUUAGCAUUUGUAAGUGAAUCACCAUUGCUCUGAAAUAUCUCUGUCCACACUUUAUUGGGCGCCCGUGGGCUACUUGACUGUA